AUGCGCUGGGUCGCUGCCGCAUCAAUCGUUUUGUUGUUAGCUGUCGGCUAUUUUUCAUUGAACAUUUAUAAUCAGAAUAAAGAACUCGAAGCUUCGCGCAAGCAGCUGGAAGAUGCUAAAAAAGACAUUGAGGCUAAACUUAACAAAGCCGAUAGUAUCCUGAAUGGAAUGACAGGACCAAAUGUCACCGUCGUCAAUAUGACAGCGAUGACACCUGCUGCGCCAAGUGCCAACAUCUAUUGGGAUUCCGCUUCCUCUAAUGUUUAUCUCGUUGUAAAAAAUAUGCCUAAGCUGGCAUCUGAUAAACAAUAUCAACUGUGGUCACUGAUCGACAGCAACGGGUUAAAGCCAACAAGUCUCGGACUUUUUGAUGGUGGCCAGGAAAAAGUGAUCCUUCGUAUGAGCAAUGCACAAAAAGCGGAUGCAUUUGCCAUUACAAUCGAGAACCGCGGCAAUACGGGUGGCCCGGAUCUUAAACAAUUGCAAACAAUGGGAAAGACAAAGCUGUAA